AUGGCGCCUGCUAGUAUGUUUCGCGAGCCUGACGAGCUUGCCGUAGACGAAGCUGCUGCGAAGCUCGACAAAAUCGCUGCCGCAGGUAGAUCUACCAUCCGGCGCGAAUCCACUACCCGACCAAGGCGAUUUUCAUCCAGUCGCUCUCUCAUCGACCAUGUACUAGGAAGCCGCCGCGAAGCCGCACAGAGUGUAAAUCAGCCUUCGCGACCGAGUCGUGAGCAAGAACUAGACGCCGAAUUGGGUCGGCUUCGGCGGCAGAGACAGCGCGCCCGUGUCCAUCAACGCGACCGGGAACUUGCAAGGCGAGUCGGCACCGACUAUCCACGCCCUGAACCGGAGGCCCGGAGUGACCUUGACGUCGAUCUCUUAAGUAGACUGCGCACCGAUCCCGGCACCGCAGCCAUGGACGAACUGCACCCCGAUUUCACCUUCGACACUCUUCUGCCUAAUACCCAAGAAAGCAUUUCGCAACAUCUGCCACGUCCGUCAAGGGAGUCAGGCUUGAGAUUCGAAGUGGGUGCGACUUCUCAGUCCGACUCCGAGCACUCUCGUCCACCACGAAUGGUUGCUUCGGUUGCGUUGCGCCGUUCAAGUCCAUCAGGGUCUAGGCGAGCUCGAUGGUCGUAUAGACCUGCAUUCGCUGACCCGGAAGAUGAGGAAAAUGAAAACGCCUAUCGUUCGGGCUCGGAGUCUCUAAGACCGGAGCGCAUCCCCGAGGACGGACCGAUAACCAGUCCUCCGCCAGAGCGACAGGAUGCUUCUUAUCCCCCGUUGCGACGAGUCAACCAUUUUUCGCCUCGACCUUGGGAAGGCCCCGGAUCCAGAUUCGAUGGACUCGGCGACCGGAUUCGCAGUCCAGGUCCGACAAAUGACGAACCCGUCGAGGAGAACUGGGCAAAUCUUCUAAGCACAAUGGAUCCAGGCCGAUCAAGCACUGCCACUUCGUUCAUGUCAACCCGCUCGGACUCCAGAAAUGGUUCAAACAGAUCGUCGCAGGCGACGACCAUGACGACAAGCUUUGGGGAGAUUGGCGGAGACGACUCAUGUGACCUGGAUCUACCUUCUGGUAUCACCGAAGACGAUGUCCGGGAGAUCCGCGCUCGACAUGGACGGUUGCGAAGAGAACUAGAUCACAACCCUCUCGGGCCAGAGGAUUUGAUGCGCCACGGUCUUUCGAGAGAUCUCUCCCGGGGUAAUGACAGGACCCUUGAGCUAGAGCUUUUUGGUGUAAUCCUCGAACGGAUGCAGAGAAGGGAGGAAAUACCGGACGAGUGGUGGGCUGCAGUUGGGUUGUCCCCGGAUGUUGUGAGAGGAAGUGCAUAA